AUGGGAUUUGGCGGUGAUAAGAUACCCGGUCACGUGCAAAGCUACAAAGGAAAAGCUCCUUUGGUGCCGGUUUUCCUCUCUCCCCGUUCCGUUCUGCUCCAAUCCGUUUAUUUUCCCAUCUCCAGAGAGAGGGAAGAGAAGGGGGAGGAAAGACAGAGGAGGAGGAGAGGACUGAAGGGGAUGAUGGAAUUGGACAGCAUUGAGUGCAUCUCGUCAUUGGACGGGAUGGACGACGAUGAGGGUGCCGCCCACCAGCUCCCCCACCCCUUCUUGAAACUCCACCAUGGCGGCAGCGGGAACGCCUGCGGCGGCGUAGUAGGCGGGGGCGUCCCGGCGCCGCUGAUCUCUCCGACGACCAGCGUGCACGAGCUGCUCGAGUGCCCCGUCUGCACCAAUUCCAUGUACCCCCCGAUCCACCAGUGCCACAAUGGGCAUACUCUAUGUUCGACCUGUAAGUCAAGGGUGCAUAAUCGGUGCCCUACCUGCAGACAAGAGCUUGGAGACAUCAGGUGUCUAGCAUUGGAGAAGGUGGCUGAAUCGCUUGAGCUUCCUUGCAAGUAUUUCUCACUAGGUUGCCCAGAAAUAUUCCCAUACUACAGCAAACUCAAGCAUGAAGCCCUGUGCAAUUUCAGACCUUACAACUGUCCAUAUGCUGGGUCUGAAUGCUCUGUUGUUGGGGAUAUUCCUUUUCUUGUUGCACAUUUAAGGGAUUAUCACAAGGUUGACAUGCAUACUGGGUGUACAUUCAACCAUCGUUAUGUGAAGUCUAAUCCUCGAGAGGUUGAAAAUGCUACCUGGAUGUUAACUGUUUUCCAUUGCUUUGGGCAGUAUUUCUGCCUGCAUUUUGAGGCCUUUCAGCUUGGGAUGGCUCCGGUUUACAUGGCAUUCCUCCGUUUCAUGGGGGAUGAGAAUGAGGCAAGGAACUACAGCUACAGUCUUGAGGUUGGUGCUAAUGGCAGGAAGCUCACAUGGGAAGGCACCCCCCGGAGUAUCCGUGACAGCCACCGGAAAGUUCGGGACAGUCAUGAUGGCCUCAUAAUCCAGAGGAAUAUUGCACUCUUCUUCUCUGGGGGUGAUAGGAAGGAGCUUAAGCUUCGGGUUACUGGCCGAAUAUGGAAGGAGCAGCCAAACCCUGAUGCUGGAGUGUGCAUACCCAAUCUUUGUAGCUGAUAAUUAUGAAGGUUUGCCGCAAUUUGGGUGUGUUUUAAUUGGGUUGUGUUUGCAUCUCUUUUGCUCUGUUGUUCUGUUGUAAGCUGACAGUUUGGUUGCAUCAGUUAAAUUAUUGAUGGGAGCAAGAUGUUUGGGAAAAAUCUGAAAUUAAAAAUCCUGAUACUGGAAUUUGAGCUCUUGAUAAAUUCCUAAUAAUCUUUUUUGCUGUC